UGUUAGGAACGACGUUUUUAAAAACCUCUCCCCCCCUGCAGUAAUGGUACAGCCCAGACCGAACAUCACAUGAUCUCCUGGCUUAAAUUGGACGCUUUGGGAAGCUAUCUAUGCAUGCAGUUUUAGAUAAUUUCUCUGUUAUUAUUAUUUAAUAACAUACCUGCAGCGAUGCCGAUGUGUGGAGGACUCACUGAGGUUAAAGAAGCUGACGCCAGCGUCCAGGAAAUCUGCGACCAAAUGAAAGCUCAUGUGGAGCAAAAGGCAGGAGCAAACUUUGGUGUUUUCACUGCUAAGAGCUACAAGACGCAACUUGUGGCUGGAACCAACUAUUUUAUUAAGGUCCAUGUGGGAGGAGAUGAUUAUAUUCACAUUCGGAUUUAUCAAAAACUCCCCUGCCAUGGCGGAGAACUCGAGCUGACUGAGAUUCAACACCCCAAGACCCAUGGCGAACCCAUCGAGUACUUCUAAAGAGACCUCACAUUGAUUAAAAACAUCAGUGCCUACAACCUUUAAAAUCCCCAUCACUCCUGUAAUCGUUUGCAUAAACCCUGUAGUCGAUUAUUCUACACUUUUGUACAAGAUGUGAAGAAUAAAAGCAGAUUUACUCUGA